AGUUUCUUAACCUUACUGCGUUGUUAUCAUCACACGCUCAUGUAUAUUGUUUUCUUUGUUCUUUGGACACACUUGUUAAAGCUCUACUGUGGCCUCGCCCCCUCAUCCUCCUCGCCAGCCUUUUUUUUCCUUCCAAAAAGACGCCUUGUAGAUCUGCGCAACGCGAAACAUCACAACGGUAUAUAUAUUUCCCUUUCCUCUCUUGCUAGUAUCGUCUGCGUACGCAUACUGCAGCGCACAUGACAUCGACGGCACGCCGCUACUCCCUCGCGAACCCACCCCCCACGCAAGGGGAGCUGGAUGGAAGAGAAACAGCGCACGAGGCUGAAAUACUCGAAGUUCAGGCAUUGCAGGCCGAGCAUGACGGCGACCGCGGCCGCAGCAUUCAGCUGAUGGAGCGUGCGAUGCAAAUUCGUUGCCAUGUCGUCAAUCAGCUGCGUGAGAAGUGGGCCAGCGCUCCUGACAGCGUCCCUCCGCCCGUUGCUGCGAAUGAGUCGCGGCGCAUGUCCACCGCUUCCGUCGGUGCCAUGGGCAAGGACGACGUGUUACGCGAGUAUCAGGCGCAGUGCGGUGACUUGUACGAUGCGGCGGAGCGACUGGUCGUGUGCUGCAACGUGUGCGGGGUGGAGCAUUUCAAGAAGGACGCCUUUGCGGAAGCCGCCCCACUGCUGGAGUACGCUCUGCAGCUCACCGACGAAGAGGCGUACCCGCUCUGCGAGGUCGAGGAACGCCGGCGCCACCUGCGCGGUGUCACGCUGAAUAACCUCGGCUGCAUGGAGCGGCGCCGCGGUCACUUCUCCCCGGCGCUCAACUACAUGAAGGCUUCCAUGGAAAUGACGGGCGUGGAAUCACCGGUCGCCUACAUGAACCUGAGCGCCAUUCUUAUUCAGCUGCGGCUGAACGACGAGGCGGUGCGCAUGGCGGAGCGCUCCAUUACGUUGCUUUCGCAGACGCCCGAGGACCCGUCGCUGCUCGCGGUGGCGCACCACAACCUCGCCAUGGCGCUCGAGCCCGUCGACGCGCAGCGCUGCGCCGAGGAGUAUGAGCUGGCUUACCGCAUCGCUUGCACCACCGUCGGGAAGGACAGCUCCACCAGUCAGGCGAUCCAGCACAGCUGGCAGCGUUUCGAGCGCACCCAUGCCCCGGCGCUGCAGGCGAGCGGCCGCUACUUCGCACCGCAGCCGAUGAGCGGCGGUGGCGGCAAGGGCUUCACCUCGUCGGCGUCCCGCGCAACCUCGCCUCAGCGGGACGGCGUCUUUCGCGCGGCCGCCACGCCGCCGCCGGCAGACGCUGCGGAGAUCUUUCCGCACCCGUUUGUGCUGACCGCCUCCGUUCCCCGCCAAGCGCCCGCGCCCGGGAAGCCGUUUAAGGCCGCCUCCGCCCCGAGCCGCCCCACGGGACCACCGCCGCGCCGCGUCCCACGUGAGCGCACACCGGAAAAGACGUUCCACCGCCCCUCUCCCCCGCCGACGGCGCACUCCACAUCGUCGUCGUCGCGGUCGAACGCCGUCGCCGCGCGUGCGUCGGCGCGUAACGGCGGCAGCUCGCGCGCAGACGGCCAUUCGAGUGCCGGCUUCGUGCCCUCGCCACCGUCGCACGGCAACAAGGCAGCCGUGUCACGUCGCUUUUCACCGUCGCGUGCGGCGGACAGCGCUUCUUCUUCAGCGCGUGCGGCGGGAUCGCAGCGUCGCCUCUCUGAGCAGAACACCAGCGGCAGCGGCAAGAAGAUAAAGGGCGGCCAUCGCUUAUCGCCGUUGAAGUCCUCCACUACACGGUCCACGGCGUCCAGCAACUCCAACGCCUACGGGACGCAACCGAAGCCGAGUCGCGUGCCGGGGCGAAUGGCGGGGAAGAACGCGAAGGGUACCGGGCCCACGCCCUCGCCACCGCCGCGUCUUCUCCCGCCGCUGCAGACGAUCGUGGCGGACAGCGAGCCCUCCACCUCGAAAAAAGCGCCUCGUCCUUCACGCGACACCGUCGCCCGCGCCUCGGCGUCGCAGCACCGCGCGCCGGGUGGCGCCUCCGUCGAGGACAAUCCGCUUGUGUUCCUGCAGAACCGCCUGGAUGUUCUUCUUCAAGAUGAGGAGGAGUUGGAGCAGAAGUAUGCGCAGGCCAACGUCAUUCAGCGUCACUACCGCGGCCACCUGGCGCGCAGGCAGGUGGCGGAACUCCGCGCGCUGCGCGCCCGCGACGCGCGGCUUGCUGAUCUGCGGCGUCGCACAGCGGCCCGACAGAUUCAGCAGUCGUACCGCCGCCAUCGCCGCCACCGCCGCCGCCCAUUUGGCGGCGGCCCAUCGUCUCGUUAUGCCGGGGGCCGACGAAGUGCGCAGCAUCACGCCGCGACGCAGCUGCAACGCGUUGCUCGCGGAUGGCUGGCGCGCCGCCGCUUCGCCAAACUGCGUCAGUUUGUGCACGACAGCCCUUUGGCGGCGGUCACGAUUCAGCGGUGGUACCGCGGGGUGCACGCACAGCGGAGUCACGCUGCCCUGCGGGCGGAGAAGGCCCAGCGUGAGGCGGAGAUGCGGGAGGAGGAACAGCAGCAGUACGCCGCCACGCGCAUUCAAGGGCAGUGGCGCGCCUACACAAAGCGGAAGGCCUACGAGACGGACCUGCGCAAUCGCAUGAUGGCCCGCGCAGCAGAGGACGCGCAGCUGCGUGUGAAGUCUGCCGUUCGCAUCCAGUCCGCGUGGCGAGGCUCGCAGGCGCGCAGGCUGUACCGCAACACCUUCUCCCGCUCCUCGCAGCUGCGCAACGCACGGCAGGAGUACGAGCAGCGCCGCCACGCCGCCGUGAAGCUGCAGUCCUUCGGUCGCAUGAUCAUCGUCCAACAGCGGUCUCUGCCGCAACUCACGGCGGCUCGUCUGCGUGCUGCCCACGAGAUCAACACACGCAGUCGCGAGGGCCGCGCAGCACAGACUAUCCAAUGCGCCUACCGCAGUCACGCAGCACGACGCCUGUACGCGGCGAAAAAGUCUGAGCGUGUGGCGCAGUUGAGGAGGGGAUUGGCGCAGGUCCAGGCAAUGGUCUUGCAGCGCGUGGGCCGUGGCUACGCCACCCGCAAGUCCAUCGGUGCGGAGGGGCGUGCCUUGCAGGACGAGGCGGAGCGCUACGAGCGCCGUCUGCGUGCGUUGGAGCACGGCGAUGUCGCCGCUGCGCGCGAUGCAAAGCAAAAGAUUCAGCAGAUGCUCUCCGAUUUGCAGGCCGCCGAGGGUGACGACCGUCGCAAGAUUGCGGUGGUGGAACCGAAGGAACGCCACAUCGUACAGCACCACUGCGAAAUUGCUGCUCAAAACCUGUCCGCGGCGGAGAAGGAGCGUCAGGCCAGGAGGGACGGCGCUAUUCCGAUUCUGGACAAUUUCGCUCGCGUUCUCAAGGCCAAGCAGCAGCGAGCGCAACGCCAGAGCGCACGCGACGCGUACCUGGAUCGGUGCUGUGCGGCGGAGGAGGCCGCGCACGAAGACGCACGUGCGUCGCAGGAAGCGGAGGCAGAGGAAGCAGACGAGGACGCCGCGGAGCCCGGCACAGAGACGGAGGAGAGGGAGGAGAAGGCAGAAGAGGCACGCGCUGCUUCUGCUGAAGAGCAGGAGCCGUCGAUGCCGGACACGCGCCGUCCUCUGACCGCGCAGCAAAUCGCCGCGGAGCGUACGGAGCUGGACCGCCUCACUGCAGCGGAAAACGUGACGAACCAGAAUAAAGUACUGGACGAGUCGAAGCACAACAUCCACCAACUCAACCCAGCCCAGUUGGAACGGAAAGCUGACUGCAUUUUCACUAGCAGUGACUCUUCCUCCUCUUCCACUACACCAGUGGUACGGGAGCUACGUCGUCCUACCAGUGCCGAAGCACGCGUGUGUCUGCGGGGCUUUGUCAGGAGCAUUCAAGACCGAAAAGAGCUGCGACGUCGUCAGGCUAGCCGAGAUGCCUAUGUGCAUGAAAACGAUGAUCUUGUGAGCGAGGAAGACACCUCUAUCAACAGCUCCACCGCGGAGGUCCAACCGGCAAGCGUGCCGGAGGUGGAGGAAGCUUCUUCUGUUGCUGCGGCGGAGAAGGAGCGUCAGGCCAGGAGGGACGGCGCUAUUCUGAUUCUGGACAAUUUCGCUCGCGUUCUCAAGGCCAAGCAGCAGCGAGCGCAACGCCAGAGCGCACGCGACGCGUACCUGGAUCGGUGCUGUGCGGCGGAGGAGGCCGCGCACGAAGACGCACGUGCGUCGCAGGAAGCGGAGGCAGAGGAAGCAGACGAGGACGCCGCGGAGCCCGGCACAGAGACGGAGGAGAGGGAGGAGAAGGCAGAAGAGGCACGCGCUGCUUCUGCUGAAGAGCAGGAGCCGUCGAUGCCGGACACGCGCCGUCCUCUGACCGCGCAGCAAAUCGCCGCGGAGCGUACGGAGCUGGACCGCCUCACUGCAGCGGAAAACGAGGCGGACCAGAAUAAGGUGCUGGACGAUAUUUCUGAAGCAGGGGUAGAUGACGAGUUGGCCACAUCCGCGUUGGAACGGGAGCUAAUGGCUCAGCAGAAGGCGGUGUGGCAAGCGGAGGAGAAAGCGAACAAGAAGCGCCGCCAAGAUCAGGAAGCAUUGCACAAGGCGAUGUUCGACUACAAGCAGCAGCGUAUUGCCGCGGCCGAAAAGGAAAAAGACCUCGUGCCGUACGCGAGGGAGCGUGUGCGUCUGCAGAAGCGAUUUGUCACGGACGCGGCUCUGUCAGACGCGAAGGCCCGCCGUGCCACUCCAGACGAGGCGUCCGCACAGAACAUCCACCGCCAGCAGCGUCUUGCGCAGGAGCGCGACGCGGCUCACGCUAUCCAUCGAUACUACACAGGUUACAAAGCACGUCAGCAGUUUGCUGCUCUUCUGCACGUUCGCGAUGAGUACCUGGCGGCAAAACAGGAGUUGGAGCGUAACGAUGGCCCGGUGCUAGUCAGCGAUCGUCUGCGUGAGGUUCGAGCGCGACACCCCCAAAUGGAAGUCUACCAGCGGAAGCCAGUCGCCGUUGUACCCUCGUCUGUGCCUCCGCAGGAGAAUCACGCACCCGCGUCCUCAUCACUUUCUGCUGCCGGCCCGUCCGAUGUUCUAGACAAUUUCGCGCGCGUUGUCAAGGCCAAGCAGCAGCGAGCGCAACGCCAGAGCGCACGCGACGCGUACCUGGAUCGGUGCUGUGCGGCGGAGGAGGCCGCGCACGAAGACGCACGUGCGUCGCAGGAAGCGGAGGCAGAGGAAGCAGACGAGGACGCCGCGGAGCCCGGCACAGAGACGGAGGAGAGGGAGGAGAAGGCAGAAGAGGCACGCGCUGCUUCUGCUGAAGAGCAGGAGCCGUCGAUGCCGGACACGCGCCGUCCUCUGACCGCGCAGCAAAUCGCCGCGGAGCGUACGGAGCUGGACCGCCUCACUGCAGCGGAAAACGAGGCGGACCAGAAUAAGGUGCUGGACGAUAUUUCUGAAGCAGGGGUAGAUGACGAGUUGGCCACAUCCGCGUUGGAGGCGGAGGAGAACGGGGAAGGGGACGCUGCGGUGUCUGCGACGCCCGUUGGCAAUGGCACGUCCGUCACUAAAGACAGCACCAAUGACGCUGAGAGGUCUGCUGCUGCGCUCAAAGUUCAACAGUGCUUCAGGCAGACGCAGGCGCGGCGUGCGCUGGAUGCCCUGCGCCAGGCGUACCUUGAGUCCAAGGCGGAGGAGAUCGCAGUGGGCGAGCUGCUGGACGAGGCGGCACUGACAAUCCAGUGUGUCUACCGCGGCCACCGUGCUCGCCAGCAAGCUGCCAUGGCGACGGUGCAACGCGACCUUUACCUGCUGUCACUUCAAGCGCAGGCAGACGUGGACGCUGCGGAGGACGGAGAGGAGGAGGAGGAGGAGGAGGAGCUUUAG